AUGUUGCUUUCUUUUCACAAGUUCCCGGGUAUGGAAAACACUGCGCCGAACUUGUACGACGCCAUAGGCGUCAGCGCCGACGCGUCAGCCGACAAGAUCAGGCGCAAGACGCGGCAGCUGGUGAACGAAGUCAGAGAAUCGGACAAGAGAAACUCCGAAAAGAAUGAACUGAUUCGCUUUUUCAAGAGCGCGCGAGAGACGCUCACGGAUGCCGAUGCGAGACAAAAGUAUGACGAGUCGAUAGGUAUCGAGACCUUUGCCAGAGACGAGCGCGACUCCGGCACCAACAUGGUUCCUUACGAGUCAUUCCAACCAUUUGAACCAUUCGGUGCCGUCGGUGCUCUCAGUAACAUUGGCUCUCUGCUUGGUUCUGUGCAAGCAGUGCCUUCUCAGUCGCCUGCGUCCUCACUGAUGGGACUUCUCGGAGCAGAUGUGCACAGCAUGUUCUCCGACUCCAUCAUUCCGGAAGAGCUGGCCUCGUCGCACGGCGAUUUGAAACGCGGAAGCUUCCAGGUCCUCGAGUACACCAAAGUACGCAACCCCGGGGGUGGAUUCGACGAGUUCGGGUUUACGCGCCAGGGAGACAUGAAACACGAUCGGGUCACCGAGAAACGCUUCGAGCGCAAGUCUUGA